AUGUCGUCGGCCACAACAAUCUACAAGAAGCGCAACGGCACUCUGUCGGUCGGCGCUGAUCGAGCAUCAUUAUACUGGACACCUUCUGAGCCCCCAGCCUCUUCGCCCUCAUUGACGAUCGCAAUCAAGGACAUUACUAAUCUCCAGCAAACUCCUGCAGGCAACCCAAAGGUCGCUCUAAAGGUGGUCGUCCAGCCAGCAGGAGCCACCGCGCCCGAGAAUCAGGUCUUUUCCUUUUCGUCAUCAACAGCACGAGCCGAACAAGAAGCCAUCACCGAUAUCCUAAGAAAUGCCAUUGCCGCGAUCAAAUCCGCCGAGCCCAUCAAGCCUGCACCGACGCCGACACCUGCACCAGUACAAGAUGGAUCAGGUCCUUCAGCAGCCAUGAGCAUGGCUCAGGCCGUCUCUUCAACCACUACAAAGCAAAACGAAAGCUGGUACGAUGAUGCCCAUCUCAUCACGGAUAUCGAAUUACAAAGGUCUCUGCUUGAAGCGAACCCUGCCUUGAGACAAAGGUUCAAUGAGAGUUUGAGAGACAGGCCCGAAACCAUUACCAUAACUCAAUUCUCAACACAAUUCUGGUCGACUCGACUGCAUCUCCUCCGCGCACACGCUAUCGAAAAAGCCCAGAAUCAGGGUGAUUACAACGUGCUGCCCGAGAUUAAGUUUACACGAGUUGCUGCGGAAAAGGAAGGAGAGGCGGAUUCCUUGACACUCAGUCUCGCGGGUGCUCAGAUCAAAUUGAUCUUCAAGCAAUAUCCUAUUGUCAGACAGGCAUACAACGAGAAUGUACCUCCAACUGAUAGCAACACAUUCUGGUCUCGUUUCUUCAUGAGCAGACUGCUGAAGAGAUUAAAAGGCGAAAAGAUUACAGAUGCAGAUCCACCGGAUCCAAUGUUCGACAGGUACUUGGGGUUCCAAGAAAAAGGACCAACAAACAUCGGCCACGUUCCGCAUUUCAUUGAUCUCGAGGGAAAUGAGCAGAAUCACAGUCAACGUAAAGGAAACAGACCAGAUGAAACCAUGCGACCAGAGAAGGUGCCGAUCUUGAGAAUUCUCAACAAUCUUUCAGAAAAGAUGAUGGCGCAAGUAGCACCGACUGACGGCGAAGCCCACGCACCCAUUGGCAUGACCGAAGACGCAUUCAACGAACUUCGACUACGAGAUUUACAGACGGAAGCCGGGGACAAUCGCGUCAUACUGAAUAUCAAAGACCAGCAGCGAUUGCUCGGUGGAAAAUCAGAGAAUGGACUCUCGGCAGAAGCCCAGCUUUAUGCUCGACAAUCGCCCGAACAAGUGCUCCAACUGCUCCAGACCGAGAUUCGUUCGGCAGCUAGCAUCACGCUCGAAAAGGUUGUCGGCAUACAAUCCGACAGUGAGGACUCAGAUGAUGAGGACGGUCCCAAUAAGAAAGCAAGAAUUGGAAGCAAAGGAGCACUUGCACAAUCGACUCAAGAAAUGCUGGCAUCAAUAAGCAGGCGACGACAAGCCGCAUCGGCUGAUGUUUCGUCCAGGCGAGGCCUCUCACAAAGCACAUUCGACACGCUGAGCCUGACACAAAACACGACGAUAGAAUUCCUGCAUUACUUCUGGACCUUGUUCUUGUCAGGAGACGGAGCGAGAAGUAACGAGCUGGCAAAGCUGGUUGAGACUCUUGAUCGAUCAGUUGACCGCAUCAAGAUGGUAUCAGACAAGGCAGAGAAGGAAAAGUUGCAACAAGCUGAGAGCUUGAAGAAGCAGAUAUCGGGAAUGAACCCAAAAUCAAGCAAGCGAAAGAGACUCGAAGUAGAGUUGGAAAUGUCAAGUGGAGGGAGUCAGGCGGUGGAGGAAAUGGUUCAGCCCACGAUCAAAGCACUAGCCGAGGCGACGGCGCAAUACCGCAAGGCCUUUGAGGAGCAGAGUGCAGCACAAGCGGCGGCGUAG